AUGGUGAAAUCAUAUCUAAAAUUCGAGCACUCGAAAACUUUCGGGGUUAUCACCUCCGCAUCGUCGAAUGCGAUCUGGGUGCGGGACGAUGCAAUCGCCGGGAUUUCACGUCAAACAGGCGCUGGACGUAGUGUGGUUGGCGCAGGAGAGGAGGUUUUGUGCUGGGAUAUAAAGAAGGGCGAAUUGCUGGGGAGAUGGAAAGAUUCUGCGUGCAGGGCGCAAGUCACUGUCAUUACCCAGAGCAAGACGGAUGAGGAUAUUUUCGCCGUUGGCUACGAAGAUGGCAGUAUUCGAUUAUGGGAUUCAAGGACCGAGACGGUGAUGAUCUCUUUCAAUGGCCACAAAUCCGCUAUUACCCAACUAGCGUUCGACAAUGCCGGAGUUCGCCUUGCAAGUGGCUCGCGGGAUACCAAUAUCAUUCUUUGGGAUCUAAUUUCAGAAGUUGGAUUGUUUAAACUGCGCGGGCACACAGACCAAAUCACCUCUCUUCAUUUCCUCGUCCCAACACUCGAGCUGUUGAAUGAAGCUGGAUUGAGCGAACAUGCCGGUUUCUUAAUCACGACCGGAAAGGACGCAUUGAUCAAGGUUUGGGAUUUGGCAUCACAACAUUGCAUUGAAACCCAUAUUGCACAGUCAAACGGGGAAUGCUGGAGCCUGGGUCUUGCCCCAGAUCAGAGCGGCUGUAUAACGGGCGGAAAUGAUGGCGAGCUGAAGGCCUGGUCCAUCGACGAGGGUGCGAUGAUUGAAAUCUCCAAAGAGAAAACCGGUUCGGAGAAUCGCAGGAUCUUGGCUGAUAGGGGAUCAUUCUACCGCAACGGAAAGGAUCGAACGACUGGAAUCAGCUUUCACCCCCGAGCAGACUAUGUGGCUUUCCAUGGCUCAGAAAAGGCGGUAGAAAUUUGGCGCAUCCGUUCUGAGACCGAAGUCCAAAAAAGUCUGGCAAGGAAGCGCAAGCGAAGAAAGGAGAAGGAAGCCCAGCGUGCGGCAGAAACGGGCGAGACCGCGGAGAAAACUGAGAACGGUAAGGCGGAGGAUGAUGUUUCGACCGCUCCUGUUACUGAAGUCUUCGUGUCUCACACGAUCGUCAGGACGGGCGGUAAGGUUAGGUCUUUCGAUUGGAUAAGGACCAAAUCGAGCGGAAAGAUUCAACUCCUUGCUGCUACUACGAACAAUCAAUUGGAGGCCUACAGCGUGACCACGUUGAAUAAGAAGAGCAAGAGCGAGGGUGAUGUGGAGUACAACCGAACGCUGGCUAUCGAUAUACCAGGCCAUCGCACAGAUAUUAGAUCCGUCGCCUUGAGUUCGGAUGACCGAAUGCUGGCUUCUGCCUCCAACGGGAGUCUCAAGGUCUGGAAUGUUCGGACACAAAACUGCUUGCGAACUCUAGAAUGUGGUUAUGCACUAUGUUCGGCUUUCCUUCCGGGUGACAAGAUUGUCGUGGUUGGCAACAAGGACGGGGAGCUGGAAAUCUUCGACAUUGCCUCGUCAACACUACUAGAUACGAUCAAAGCACAUGACGGGCCCGUAUGGUCUUUGCAGGUGCAUCCCGACGGCAAAUCGUUAGUUAGUGGCAGCGCAGAUAAGUCCGCGAAGUUCUGGAAUUUCCAGGUCGUGCAGGAGGAGAUUCCUGGUACCAAACGGACAACACCGCGGUUGAGGUUGGUUCAUACGAGGACACUGAAGGUCUCAGAUGAUAUCCUGAGUGUCCGGUUUUCACCCGAUGCUCGCCUGCUGGCAGUUGCACUUCUCGACAAUACCGUCAAAGUGUUCUUCAACGAUUCGCUGAAGCUUUUCUUGAACCUCUAUGGCCAUAAACUACCCGUUCUAAACAUGGAUAUCUCUUGGGACAGCAAACUUAUCGUCACAUGUUCAGCUGACAAGACAGUCCGUUUGUGGGGUCUGGACUUUGGUGACUGUCAUAAGUCAUUCCUCGCGCACGAAGACAGCAUUAUGGCCGUGGCUUUCGUGCCCAGCAACAACGAAGGCAACGGUCACAACUUCUUCAGCGUCAGCAAAGACCGCGUCAUCAAGUACUGGGACGGCGAUAAAUUCGAACACAUCCAGAAGCUGUCUGGCCACCAUGGCGAGAUCUGGGCGAUGGCAAUCAGCCACACCGGCGAGUUCAUUGUCACCGCCAGUCACGACAAGAGUAUCCGCACAUGGGAACAAACUGAUGAGCAACUAUUCCUUGAAGAAGAACGAGAAAAGGAGCUCGAAGAGAUUUACGACAACAACCUCGCAGCCUCCCUUGAAGAAGAAGAAGGCGGCGCCGACGGCGAAAAGGCCGAAGCCGUGGAUGCCGGGAAACAGACAACCGACACCCUCAUGGCCGGGGAGAAGAUCAUGGAAGCGCUCGAUCUGGGAAUGGAGGAUCUCGAAGUCAUGCGCGAGUGGCGCGUCAUAAAGGCGAAGAACCCGAACGCUGCACCUCCCGCCCGCAACCCACUGUACAUGGCCCUUAACAACAUCUCCGCCGAGCAACACCUGCUCAACGUCGUGCAAAAGAUCCCCCCGGCCGCCCUGCAGGACGCCCUUCUUGUCCUCCCCUUCUCGAAAAUCCCUGCCCUAUUUACCUUCUUAAAUAUUUGGGCUAGCAGGGAGUGGAAUGUUCCUCUUACAUGCCGCGUGCUGUUCUUCAUGCUUAAAACGCAUCACCGCCAGAUCGUUGCCAGCAAGCUGAUGCGGCCCAUGCUUGACAGUAUUCGCUCAUCUCUUCGUCGGGUGCUUACGCGCCAGAAGGACGAAAUGGGCUUCAAUCUCUCUGCAUUGCAGUUCGUUGGCGAGCAGGUCAAAGCUCAUGGUACAAAGGAUUACAUUGAUGAGCAGGCUUGGGAGGAAGAGCAGCGAACAACGGGAACUGGUAAGAAGCGUGUCUUUUCCAGCAUCGCUUGAUGCGAGAGGUGAGGUCUUUUCUACUCUUGUACAUUUGACGGAAUCUGUAAUGCAUGUGCCUGGCGUUUCAUCUAGAAGUAUUUAGGACUGGGGCUACAAAAAAGUUAUAUAUCCUGGAGUUAUAAUGAGAACAAUCCA